CCCGCUGUAGAGACAGCUGAGGAAGCUAAGGAACCAGCAGAGGCAGACAUCAAUGAACUCUGUAAAGACAUGUUCAACAAAAUGGCCGCUUAUUUAACAGGCGAACUGACAGCCACCAGUGAAGACUACAAACUCUUGGAAAACAUGAAUAAGCUGACUAGCUUGAAGUACCUAGAAAUGAAAGAUAUUGCUGUAAACAUCAGUAGAAAUCUGAAGGAUUUAAAUCAAAAAUAUGCUGCUCUUCAGCCAUAUCUGGAACAGAUCAACCUAAUUGAGGAACAGGUUGCAGCUCUGGAGCGGGCAGCUUAUAAAUUGGAUGCCUAUUCCAAAAAACUUGAAGCCAAGUACAAAAAACUGGAGAAACUAUGA